AUGUCUGUCCCAAGGCUUCCGGCACGGAAGCUGUCGACUCGCCGGCGCCACGGCGACUCAGACGAUGAAGACGUCGCUGUCUCUGUGCAGCGCCAGCGUCCCCCGCCCGUGGAAGAGCUGGAUGAAGAAGCAGAUUUUGCCAGCAGUGUCGAAGAUUCCGACGAUGACUCCGACGACGGCGUCCACGAUCCCGCAUGCCGCACGGAUCUCUACCCGGCGCAAAGCCAGCGACAGUCUGGCGAACACCGGUCGCUUACCUUGUCGCUGCAUCACGCCUUUGGCAUUCACCAGCUGCGCCGUCAGGUUUCCACGAGUUCUUCAGGAGCGUCGCAGUGGCAGGAGGCCGCUUCGCCACACAGCGGGUUACGGCAAGGUUCGCACUCGAUCACUAAGGCGUCCUCAAAUCGCACAGGAACUUCCAGCGGGAAACAAAACUUAGACGUCGGGGCGACGGACACUCCACAGCGUGACAGGUCACCUGAGGACGCCCUGCAGCUGCGAGGGACCGGAGCCCUGCCUUCGAAAGCGUCCUUGCCCCAGGGCAGCAUCGAGUCGCGCAGGGAGGGCGGCGCAAAUCCCACGAGGGGUUUAUCCGGUAGCGUCCCUCCCGGGCAUGUGCAAGCCGGGCGCAAUCCGGAGUCUGAGUAUCUUCCCUUGAGGGGCGGCUUGGAGACUUCGUCUUCCAGUUCCCCUGCAGACGAGUGGCGAUCCUUCAGUAUCGCACAUCCGCCGCCGUUCACCGGCCUCAGCCGGCAGCCAGUAAGCAGCUGGUGGGGGCGAAUCAGUGAAGGAGAAUCCAAUUACGUACUUCCGCAUGUAUCGAAAGAACUUUGCUCUGACGAGUACGGGAAAGACAACAGCAAGCAGGUGAAAUGCUGUGGCUUCUGCCCCCUCAUCUUCACCAGGAAAGGCUGGAAAAUGUUUUUCUCUGUCUUCUGGCAAGAAGACAAUUUCGACCUGCUCCUGCGAAACUACGUUCCGGAAGACCCGCAACGACGGCAAUACACUUCACACCACUCAGACAGUGAGCAUGCCGGACCCCCAAGCAAUACCAUGUAUUCCGCAGGCAGGGCGGCGUCGCAGCAUCGUCGGCUCAUGCACGUCGGCACAUCGGCUGGGCAGUAUGCUGGCCGAGUCGCGCAAUUCUCCAAGGAGCCCGAGUCGGCAGUCAAGCACAAGGCAGCCACGCGCCGCAUUAUGAAGGGAUAUCCGUUCGUCACCUUUCGAUACCAGCCUCUGAAUCGAGCGUACAACUACCUUCUCGGCCAAGUUGUCCCAGUCAAGGUUAUAUGGGCGAGCCUUUUCGCGCUGAUCGGGCAGGCGCUACUGUCAGUGGGCCAGACACUGAUGGCUCUAAACCGCACAAACCUCUUGAAUCUGUCCACCAGGGGCAUCCCGAAAGCUGUCGAACAUGGCUACUAUGCUCCGGUGAAGUAUCUGGGGUUGGCGGGGAAUGACAUUUUUCAUGGGCCUGCUUGA